UUAUCCUAGUUCACAACAUCGUCCUGGGUUGUCCUUCGCCUUCGCCCACAUAUUCUUACUUACUUGCCGAACAAAACACAUUCGGUACGUGACGCUGUUAAGACCAAAGUCCUCCCUUACCACAAAAAUAAAAUAAAAAGUAACAAGCAAGUGGCAGGAGCUGCUCCUUCAGUGAAACUCCAACUCUAUUAGCCAUCAAAAAUAUAAACUUGAAAAAGAGCCACGCCCAUUCAAUUGGAGACGAAAAAACGCCCCCCUAUAAAAGACAAUAAUAUGCGAGUUGCAAGGAGUUCGGACCAGGGAGGCGGAAGACUGAUGCGGGAAGGCUGCAGAAAUGGAAGUGGAAAUGGAAAUGGUCACAGGUGGCUUUUAGUGUGGAUGCUGGUACUGCUCCUGGUUGUGCCGCAGCAUUUGGUGGAUGGCCGUUACCUGCCGACAAGGUCGCAUGGCGAUGACUUGGACAAGUUGCGUGAACUGAUGUUGCAGAUUUUGGAGUUGAGCAAUGAGGACCCACAGACCCAGCAACAGCAGCAGCAGCAACACCCACUGCGUCUGCACAAUGAGGCCACCGGCAACAGCAACAGCAUCGGCAGCAGCAGCAGCAACAUCAACAAUCCACGCGUGUCCAACAGCAACUCGAACGCCGCCUGGCUGCAGAAGCUCAGUGCCAUGGGUGCCCUGGACGAGUUGGGCGGUGAUGCCCCCCGAUUUGGGUCCAACUAUGGACGCUAUUAGAGGGCAUACAUCCUCUGAGACCGAACAACACCUGACAACAGCAACUACAACAUCGACACAACAGCCACCAACGGAAUCUGAAUCCAAAAAGGGGUUACCGGGGUACAAGGGGGGAAACCAUGUUGUGAAUAAAAUUGUUUAGGUUUAGGGCGGGGGGUUUACGAGGGGAUAAAAGGGACAUAGUCACAGGAAUGGUCGCAGGAUUAAAAUCCUAAAUGGAAACGAAACCAAAGUGCGUGAAAAUGGACAAACAAAUGGAGCAAAGAAUUUCCCAGAAAAUCACUUUGAAGUACGUACUAGGGACGAGUUUUGUGCCAUUUUGAAACGGAGUUAAGGACUCUUGACUAAAAUCACUUUUAAACUAGAAGGACCCUUGUCAACCCUUUUGCAACAAACUCUUUUUAAAUGAAUUCUAUGAUCUGUAAAUCUUUUCAAGCCAAAGCCUUGAUUGAAUAUUUUUAAAAUGCAAACAACAUGGCAUCCCUUGGACCCCAAAGAUCCUAAAUCUAAGGUUUUAUACGCAACUGAAAAAACUGAAAACGAAAACUUAUAAAAAAGGACAAAAUGCAGUUCCUACGCUAGAACAAUAAUUUUAAAAAUUUUUUGGGUAAACCCGAAUCGAAAUAAUGUACCUAUAUGUAUGUACCUAUGUGUUGUAGAGCAACCCCGUCCCUCUCUGUAAUCUCUUAAAAAAAAAAAACAAGAAAACCCUCGAAAAAUACUCCCUUUUAAUGGUCUAGGCUAAGUGCGGAUUUUCAACUUCUUUUUCAAGCGGCCAAGAAACAAGAGAUAAAAAUUAAAACAACCAUAAAAACAAGCAAAGUCAAUUGUAAAUAUUUUUUAAACCCCGAAAACCUUCCCAUACAUAGUCCCCCAGCCCGCCCCUAGUCAAUGGUAUAUUAACUGGAGUUUUAAUGGGCCCCCAAGGUCGCAUACGGACGAGUCAUAUGAAGCUAUAUGCUUAUAAUAUAUAUUUAAAUGGAUGGUGUAUUUAUAAAUUAUACUACUCCCAACUAACCUCCACUAACCGAGAUGGCCUCCGCUGGAAGAUGGGCCCAAGUUUAAUGCGAUUUCGGUUGCGACUUUAUAGCCAAAAACGUGCAGAGGGAGAAAUAUAUAAAUAUAAAUAUAUAUAUUUAUACACUAUUAUAUUCAUAUUUACCACAAUAUACAAAUAAUAUAUAUACUAUACAUAUAUAUGUGUAUGUGAAUGUAAAUUUAAUUGUUGUUAACUUACGUUAUUGUUAUUACUUUUGAUUCGCCGAAGCAGAAGCAACAAUAAAAGAAAUCAUUUUCAAUGCAAGACCCA